CUUUGCUCAAGAGACUGUGGUACCAGUGCUAAUUUGAAUAUAGCUAGGUUGUUUUUUUUGGUUGCCAUGGGUACCAGACGUCAUCUUGUUCCAACGUCACUUGUCACUCAGCAGUAGUUAAGGCAAAUAGCUAGGAGUUCACAAACUAGUUGGCAGUUGGAUUUGCUUCGAACAACGCUAACAACUGAACAUCUGACCUGUUCACAGCAAAUAAGACUUUCAACAGCUGGACUUUUACAAUCUUCAGAGCAGCUAACUUGUUUUCAGAUGGAUGAUCUUGAACUGUUUCAGAAGACUCUCCGAGCCAUCCUCCACAUGAACAAGGGGCGACUGUCACUCACCCGACUCAAAUCAGAAUACAAGCUGCUAACUGGAGAACACAUCGCCUUUAGACAAAUGGGACACAGAACAAUGAUGUCACUGCUCCUCAGCAUGCCCUCCAUUGUCCACAUGGAGCAGAAUCGAUUUGGAGAGAUGAUGUGCUUUUCAUCCACUGAGCCCCCGACUGCCAAGGUGACCCUCAGCCCUCAGCAGGUCUCAAAGGAGAUGAAUCGACCACACCAGGUCAACGCCAAUGUGAGGGUCAGACCAGCUGCACCGCGAGUAUUAAAUGACAAACCUCAGACCCCUCACAGGACGUCCACCUCCAGCAGAGAGAAUGUCGGCAUCAUCAUGAUGAGGGACAUCAGGACGGUCCCGACAGAACACCGGUCCUCACGCCCGCCUUCAGCACACCCUCCUUCGUCCCCUGCAGCUCUCAGCCCAGAACUGAAGCUGAAGCUGAAGGAGCUGCUGAAGACCUUCCCUCAUGGACUGUGGGCCAAGGCGCUGCCAAAAGUUUUCCAGGGCAAAUACAAAACCAAACUGCCUGAAUAUGUCCAGGAGAACUUGGAUCUACUGAAAGACAUCUGUGACAUCGUCUAUCCACAACCUGAUGACCCCAAGAAGGUCAUCUUGUACAGCAGGAUCUCCCCUGAAGGACAACGAUGACAGGAGGGACUCCUC